AUGUCAGCAUCUAUUAUCCCCUCGAGCACCACCACCAGCAGCAGCAGCAGCAGACCCAAACGACUAAGGUUAUUGGUGGUCAGGCACGGAGAGACGGAUCACAAUGUGGCCGGAAUCAUUCAAGGACAAAUAGAUACGGACCUGAACGUGAUUGGUAGAAAGCAAGCCGAACAUGUUGCAAGAGCUUUGAGAGAAGAGAACAUAGACGAGGUUUAUUCCAGUCCGCUUAGACGCGCUAGGGAUGUGAGUUCGAGUCGCCCUCUGCCCUCGUCGCGUAGCAUUUGCGGCUUCAUACGUGUGGUGCGGCUCUGAGGCGCACGCUUAGACCAUCUCCUUCACCCAUCGACGGAUCAUGUAUGCGCCAUCUUUCGACAUUAGACGGCAGACGCAAUCGUUCAAGCACAUCCCAAGCUCAACAAAUCAGCAUACAACUACUGGCUCGAUGAUAGAUUGAUGGAAAGGGGCUUUGGAACGCUGGAAGGAAAGAAGUAUGGAACGCCGGGUGCUCCAAAGCCCGACACUAUCGAAGGCAUUGAGCAGGGCAACGAGUGAGUGUCCGGAGCUUGGCCUUCCGCUCGAACUCGGCACAGGUCCGCUGUGCGCUUGAAGUUGGGUCAUGCAAGGCGCACUCAAGAGCAAGGAAAAUGAUGCUCUGGAGCAGUCGGCAGGCAGCAAUACGCUACGGUGAAUCAGCUAAAGCAAUGCGGCUACAUCUACCUUUUUGCUUCUCGUCCUUUGCAGCUUCCGUGAACGUCUAGCGUCCAUUCUGAACGACAUCAUUCAAGGUCCAGCACCAUGGGCUCUCGAUCCUCUCCCUGCGGGUACGCAAGCGAAUCCUCAAAUCAUCUCUCCCUGCUCAUCAGGUUACAAGGAUAGUACACGUCUAGCUCCUUUGUCAUUGUCCAAUUCCAGCGCAUCUUCAGGUCAACAUCCUUUUGCGCCAGGUGCGGUGGCCCCCCAGCAAGAGUCGCGCGUGGCCAACAUCGCACCUGGCGGAUACACGAACCGAGAUCGGACUGUCCUGAUUGUUGGGCACGGCGCUAGCAUAAGCGCGAUGCUCGGGUGAGCAGUCACGGGCUCCGUUUGCUGCCCAGCCCCUUCUGAACGUGCUCUUUCCGUUCAAUCACCAUCCUGACCUCUUUGCUUUGUCUUUGUCGACACACAACAACAAAAGCGAUGUGCUGUUGUCGGGCAAUUACGCCUACUUGGCUCCUGCAAUCUCUCGUACUAGAAUAUGGAAUUGCUCCAUCUGCGAAGCCAUCGUUCGCUUGCCACUCUUGCUGACCGAUCACGAUGUCCAAGAGAGGAGACAAGUGCAAGCAGGUCAUGAAUCUCUAAGACGAACAUGGCCUAUCAGACCUCCUCAUUUGAAUCCACCUUCGAACAAUCCAAAGGCGAUGGGCGAAGGGAGCAUCAUCGUAGAAAGAUGGGCAGGUGCGCAUCUCCGAGAGACCUGGAGGAGGAGAAAGUCUACAGCGUUUCAUUUUCUGCGCUGAUGGUUCUUCGGAUCGAAGAGACGCUGACCGCUUCCUCCCCUUUGUCCACUUUUCGCACGAUGCGUGACAGACGUCAGGCACUUGCCGCAGCAGAUCGAUGGCGAAGGUGUCACAAACGUGGACGAGGAGAUUCAGAAAGCCAAAUAA